GACACCGCCAUGCCGGAUCACGGAGGAGGACGGGUGCGCCGUUUUCGCGACCACGUCGUCUCCGGCGUCAACUGGCGACCGACGCGGUUCCUCGACGAUGUUCCCAGUUCACGCGUGUGCGGCCUCUGCCGCAUGAUCCCAAAGCGUACGUUGCUGUUGCCGUGCUCGCACGCUCUGUGCCAAUCGUGCCACGCAGGCAGUCUCGAAGGGGGCGUCGGACAGUGUCCAUUGGAUCAAGUGCAAUUCGAAGAAGCGGAAUGCGUGGGUUAUGAAUUCCCUACCAGAACAGCGAACACUGUGAAGGUGUACUGCUGGAACGAAGCUCACGGCUGCGAGUACACGGGCACCAUGGACCGCAUGCUGGAGCACUACGAGAACGAGUGCACAUUUCACACCGUGGAAUGUUUGCGAUGCGGCGAGGGAGUCCAGCACAGAGACCUGCGCACGCACUACGCGACCGGAUGCAGUGCCGGUGUUUCUGUCGCGAUCACAGAGUCGUCGGAGCAUACAGCACUGACCCUUGCUCACGUGAACGCUGCCCUUGAAGACGUGAAGGCGAGGUUGGGAUGUCUCAACCACGACCAGCUGCAGCCGGUGAUUCAGAGUCAGUUCAAUGAGCUUAAAGAACAAGCCAGGAACCAAGAAGCCAGGUUCACUCGCGAGCUCGGAGCAUGCGAGAACAACUUAAAGGGCGAGAUGGCUCAAAUCGCCGCCACGAUUUCAUCGACCGUGUCCCUUCAACUCACAUCUCAGCAAAAUCCAUUGGAGGAAGCGAGCACGUCGAGGUCGCUGUCGUUGCGCUCGGAAAUGGCGCUGAUACUUCGAAAGUUAGAACACUUAGCGCACCUGCAACACUUGCGGAAAGCUUCCCCGAAACCUGAUUUCGGCCGUGUCAUUGCUCGUUGUGAGACAAUGUACCGCAGACGUUCCCAUUUGAGCAGUGCGCUGUCGCAACCCGGGCUGACUGAAGAACUUACCUGUGGGAAUUAUCUGCUGACCCUGGAAAACUGCGAGGAAAUCAUUGAGUGGCGGGGAGGCUUAAAACAGUUUGCCGACAUUAUGGUGUGGCACAUGAGGGACACGUACUUCACGAUUGAAGUGUGGAAGGACUGCGAUGCUCGUGUACAUGACCUCCUUGUGCAGAUCGAGUUUAACGGGAUACAGCUGGACUCUAAGUGUUGGCCGCCUUUCUGGAGCGUGCACGCGGUGCAUCCAGUAACAUCCCAUCAACGUUCGUUGACUCCCCGUCGCAAGUAUUGUUUCUGCAGGCAUUGUGAUCCCUCAUUGCCGCACUUCCACCUCGAAUUAAGUACAGACACUGCCUCGCUGGAAAACGGCGGCUACCUCCGAGACGGUAAGGUAGCGUUCCGUAUCAUGCUCAGCGAUAGAGAUAUGGACGGUAGGAUCAGAGGAGCACCCUAACGUUCGUCAUCGCAGAAUGUGUACUGCACCGGAGAAUCCUCCUUGCCACUUCAGAAAAUGUGUCACAUGAGCUUAACGAUUUUUUGAUGCCCUUUCUACUAAAUAAAGUGAGCUUUGCGAAAUUUCUUUUUUUAAAUUUGCUAUCCUUUGUAACUGUCAACCUAUUUUUUCUUACUCUACUGGCCGUUCAUUUUGUUUAUUUGUUGUGCUAAUACAGUUUUU